UGGAAGGCCGAGAGGGACAGUGCUGAGAAGGUGAGGAGCUGAACGUGGCCCGCAUGCUGAUAAGACUGCUUGACGAUACCGUCUAUAUAACGAUCUGUGUCCUUGGGUUUGAAAAUGGAGCCAAAGCCAUCGAGGUUACCACGAAGAAUAACCGUUCAGCCUUCCACCACAUCUUCCUUAAGUGCAACCACGGUGAGAAGCAACCGGCUGGGUGGCCACAGUGAAACGUAUCGCACGAGAGAGAGCUCACUGAGACACGACCUGGAUUUUCAGGAUUCUAGUGGGCUGCAUACAUCCAGCAGAGACUGGACUAGACAGAGGGACAGCCUUGAGCCUUCCUGGAAGAGUACUUCUCCCUCUUAUCAACGUUGCUCAGGAACAUAUGAUCGCUCCUUGCCUGGGAGUAUAGGAAGCAGAAGCCGUAUUUCCGCAGUAUCUUCACCUUCUCAGCCGUCUUGGUAUGAUCCAUUGGAGAGAGGGCAGAGCUCGUAUACUGGAUUGCACAGCCAGCAGCAGGAUUGGGAUUCUAAGAGACCAAAACUUUCUUACUCUGGCUAUUCUUCUUCUCUUUCUGGAAUCAGAAGUACUAAUAGUAGCUUCAGUUCUACACAGGAUUCAACAAGCAGGUAUGGGCGCUUUCCUAGAACCUCAGCCAUGAUACGUGGAUCCGCCGCACCAGAUGUCACCAGAGACAGGGAAAGGAGAACAGAGCCAUCAGUGCCCAGUCUUGUGGAUUACAGGCAUAGAAAUGGGGACGGGACACCCUCAUAUCUUCAGGAUAGAGUUUCAUCGUAUGCACAGGGUGCAAGACCAAAAGAGAAUUCCUUAAGCACAGCACAACUUAACACAUCCUCCGUCAGCCGCCAGUUGCCUUCUCAGCAUAGUUCCUCCUUGCUCAGCAGAGACGUGAGCAGAGGCUCUAGAGCAGUUCCCUCUAGAGAACCUCCAAGGGACGUACAGUCUGACUUCCGCCGCUUCUCUAGUAGAAAUGACAGCCCUUCGGUGUACACAUCAGGACGCGCUUCACCCCCUCAUAGAUCUGCAACUGAGCAGCCUACGGAUACAGAUGGCAGGCGUACAACUAGGCACUUGCUGUCUCGCCUUGCUUCUAGUAUGUCGUCCACAUUCUUCCCUAGAAGAUCAAGCCAAGAAUCUUUGAAUGGAAGAACACAAGACAGCGAAGAUGCUCAACCUAGUGUCUAUAAUCCGUCUCCACCUAAUGAUGCUGUCUCUCCCACUGCUGAUCUGCCAGAAAACAGAGCUUCUGACCAAUCUCAGGGAUUUGCGUUUCUCAGAAGGCGGAGGUGGGGUUUGUCCUCUAUCUCUCCAAAUCACAGUUCGGAUUCUGACGCCGAGAGCUAUCGUUCUGAAGAUUCUGAAACCAGGACUUCUGGAUCGUGGCUGCCGUCAUCCAUUAGGAAUAGGUGUACACCACUCUUUUCGAGGAGGAGACGGGAAGGAAGGGACGAAACUGCCAGAGCAUCAUCUACCUCGGACACUAACAGAUCCCACAAUCCCUUCAGAAGUGCAUCUCGAGAAGAGCCAGCUCCAGAAGCACAAACAAAUUCUCGUGGAACUUCUGCAGACUCCUCGCACACUCCUGCAAGUAGUCCCUCAUCUAGCGCCACCUUAGCAGAUUCCCUCUUUAGUAGGAGAAAUUCUGGAAUUUCAGGCAUGCUUCCUAGCUCGUUUUUACAUUUCUCGAUGCCUGCCGCGCUUGGUAAUGCCUUACCAGACAAUGUCAUGAUAACAGUAGAUAUCGUUCCCUCGGGCAGAGCAAAUGAGGGACAAGAACAUGAAAAACCUCAAAACUCUUCAAGAGAUCCGGAGAAACUAAAGAAAAUACAAGAAAGUCUUCUCCUGGAAGAUUCCGAAGAGGAAGAAGGAGACUUGUGUAGAAUUUGCCAGACUGGCGUGUCGACACCAAGCAAUCCUUUCAUCGAGCCUUGCAAGUGUUCUGGGAGUCUGCAGUAUGUCCACCAGGACUGUAUGAAGAAAUGGCUGCAUGCUAAAAUAAAUUCUGGAUCUAAUCUGGAAUCGAUUACGACAUGCGAAUUGUGCAAAGAGAAAUUGGAGCUUAAUUUGGAAGAUUUUGACCUUCAAGAACUCUACAGGUCUCAUGCAAACGAGAGAGCUGAAUAUGAGUUUAUCAGCUCCGGCCUUUACUUGGUUGUCUUACUUCACUUGUGCGAGCAGCGUUUCUCGGACAUGCUGGGAGCUGCAAAUGAAGCUAGCACUAGGGUUAGAUUUAUAAAUCUUGCCAGGACACUUCAGGCACACAUGGAAGACCUUGACACUUCAGAAGAUGAUUCCGAAGACGAGAGAGUGUGAAACGCUGACCUAGCCAAGUGAGCGUUACCUGGAACUCAAUGACUCCGUCACAGGAUUAAAGUUUUUGGGAACCUUUUGAGAUUUAUUUGAAUUUCUUUCUUUCUUUAUUUGGUUUGUGUCAGUAACUGAGCGCGCCUCUCUCUUCACUGGUUGCAUUUGAGAAUAUCAAGCGCUCUGUAAACAAAAAUACACCCCCCCCACCCCCCAGUUGUCAAAGUGGUUGGGCUGUUUUUGGGAGGAGGGGAUAUAAAAUGUAAUGUCCAUGAUAUGCCUUUUUUGUUUAAAAAAAAAAUUAACUUAAUGUGCUUAUUUCCUGUUUGUUUCCUAUAAAUGUUGUCCAUCUUAAAUAUUUAUCCUGAUUCCUUCUCUUAGGAAGAACAGACUGCUUUUUUUUUGUCUGAAUUUCAGUUUAAAUGCAGUGAACAAAUUGCUUUCAUUUAUUGUUUAAAAAAAAAAAUAAUUCUGCCUUAAUUUCUUUUUGCCCUGAGUGUUCUACUGUUCAGUAUGAGGGUUUUUGUACCAUUAUAGUUAGCUGCAAGAUAUCAAUCCAACAUAUACUAAUGUCAUAUGGCAAUACAAAUUUUACGCAUUUUCUUCCUUUAUCUGAGACUUUUUUUCUCUAAUUUUUGUAUUUUACGAAACUUAUUGAGUAGCACAUUUUACAAUCUGUGUAAUACUUGUAUAUUUGAAGAGAUGCAAUUUGACGUUUUAAUCUCCUGUAACUGCCGAAAUAUAAAGCCCCGUAUAGUAAUGUUGAACACUGACAUAUCUGUUUUAGUUGUACAAUGGAAAUAAUAAAGAUGUGUUGAUUGAUGUAAA